CCUCACUGGAAAGCACGGAACUGUUUGAAAUGUUGCCUCUCUACUUUCAUUUUCAGUUUUUAUGCUGACUAGCCGUGGGUGGCCUUCGGUUGUGCAUGCUAUACGCCUGCUAUUUGACAGCGACACACGUUUCUUUUCUGCACCACAUACGUGUGGCGAUAAAAUUAGGUCCGCAUCUGAAUCAUAACCACAUCUUCGCCAAAAGACGCGAUGGCUUCUCUGGACAUCCUCCCCGAGGCGAAGGAACAGGUGGACGUCUUCUGCCAGCAGCUCACAGUUGAGGCAGAAGCCCUGGUCUCGCAGUUUUUCCCUAAGAAGAUUGUGGAGCUGGAGGUGCUAUUAAAGACGUCCCUCGUCGUUGAUGACCUGACAUCUCUGAAGGCUCCGCUAGACAUCCCAAUACCGGACCGAGCCAAAGAGGAGGCCAAAGAGGAGGCCAAACGCAAGAAGAAGGAGGAAAAAGAGGCAAAGGAAGGCAAGAAAGAUGAGGACAAGGAGAGUGAUAAAAAGGAUGAAGAUGCAGGUCCACCUUGCGGUCCUAUCUGCUGCAACAAUCGCGUAGAGAGCCUGCUGAAUGACAUCAAGCCACAGAUCCAAACACUGAAGGAGAAACUCAACACGGUGUCUAUGUGGGUGCAACUCCAAAUUCCCAAAAUUGAAGAUGGUAAUAACUUUGGAGUGGCUGUUCAGGAGAAAGUGUUUGAGCUGCUCACCAACACACGCACUAAAAUUGAGGAAUUCCAAACUCAGAUUUCAAAAUACUACAGUGAAAGAGGUGACGCUGUGGCCAAAGCCUCCAAGCAGUCACAUGUGGGAGACUACAGACAGCUGGUUCAUGAGCUGGAUCAGUACCAGUUCCGUGAGCUUCGCCUUGUGGUCCUGGAGAUCCGUAACACAUAUGCUGUCCUGUUUGACAUCAUUAACAAGAACUAUGACAAGAUUAAGAAGCCAAGAGGAGACUGCAAAGCUCUCAUCUACUGAGACUGACUUCUGCCUGUGUCGGACACACCCUUCAUACAGACACCUUUUCAACCAACAAAUAGUAUCGUGUGACACUCUUAACAAGUAAUAGUAUGCCUGCUCUGUCAGCAAUGUUUGCAUUUUCAAAUGUUCACUCACUCUGUGACCAGUAGCAUUUUUGUUCAAAUUGCACAAUAAAGCAGUAUCAUUG